AUGUCUGCGCUCCGAAAUACUCUUAUUCAGACAGCCAAGAGCUACAUUGACGGAUUCAACACAAACACUGCCGAAGGGAUUAUAGCUUCGCGCACGCCCGACUGCAAGCAGAUCAUCCAUCCUUCCAACGUUCCUCCACCAUGGAAAGGCCCGCCUCGCAGCAAUACUGAAUACCAGGCCUGGAUAGUUCCUGGAUUCAAAAUGAUCCGAAACGUUAAACUCAGUCUCGUUGAAGGACAAGAUAUGCUGGUGGACGAUGUGGCCUGCAAGGUCAUGUUGCACCUGAGGUCUACGGGCGAGACAGACGCUGGGCCGUACGCAAAUGAGUACAUGAUAGUGCUCAAGAUGACCGACGACGGAAAGUUGAUCAAGGAGAUCGUUGAAUUUGUCGACAGUGCUGCGGUGCGAGACAUUGUGACGGCCAUGCAGCAGCAGCAGGCCGCAGCCGAAUAG